AUGGCUCCAACAUCUGUGACUAAACAUUACGACUAUCUCGUCAUUGGCGGUGGUUCUGGAGGAACUGCCUCGGCUCGUCGUGCCGCAUCGUAUGGUGCCAAAGUGUUGCUUGUGGAGUCCAACUAUAAGAAGUUGGGCGGCACUUGUGUGAAUGUGGGCUGUGUGCCCAAGAAGGUGAUGUGGUAUGCUGCUGAUAUGGCUCACAAGAAGGAGCAGUUGAAGGCGUACGGGUUGUCUGAUCUGAGCUCGAAGGUCCAGUAUGGAGACUUUGACUGGUCUACGUUCAAGAACAAGAGAGACGCUUACGUCAAGCGCUUGAACGGUAUUUACGAGAGAAACUUGGAGAAGGAGAACGUGGAGUACAUUUAUGGUUUUGCUCAGUUCGUGGACGAUCUGGGUAAGGUCGAGGUGACCUUGUCUGAAGACCAGGAGGUGAAAUUCUUGUCUAAGGAACAUAAGAAGCAUGAAAAGUUCCUUUUUACCGCCGAUAAGGUGCUUGUGGCUACUGGCGGUCAGGCUGUUAUCCCUGAGGUUGAAGGUGCUGAGCUUGGUAUCAACUCGGACGGCUUUUUCCAAUUGGAAAAGCAACCAAAGUCUGUUGCCAUUGUCGGCGCUGGCUACAUUGGCGUUGAAUUGGCUGGUGUUUUCCAGUCUUUGGGCACUAAAACCCAUAUGGUGAUUCGUGGUGAGACUGUGUUGAGACACUUUGACGAGAUCAUCCAGAACACUAUUACCAACCACUACGUCGACCGUUUGGGCGUCAACAUCAUCAAGCUGUCUGGUAGUGUGACCAAGGUUGAGAAACACGGCGACUUGAAGCGUGUCCACUUGGGCAAUGGCGAGGUUCUUGAAGUUGAAGAGGUUAUCUGGACUGUCGGUAGAAAGUCUUUGACCGGCUUGGGCUUGGAGCAUGUCAAUGUCAAGACCAAGGAAAAUGGUCAGAUUGCUGUUAACGACUACCAGGAAUCUAGCAACCCUAACAUUUUCUCUCUUGGUGAUGUUACCGGUGGUGUUGAAUUGACUCCUGUGGCUAUUGCUGCUGGCAGAAAAUUGUGCAACAGAUUGUUCUCUGGUCAAGAGAAGUUCGCUAACGACAAAUUAGACUACAACAAUAUCCCAUCUGUUGUGUUUGCCCACCCAGAAGUCGGCUCUAUUGGUUUGAGCACCGCCAAGGCUAUUGAAAAAUACGGUGAAGAGAACAUUAAGACCUACAACUCCAAGUUCAACCCUAUGCAAUAUGCUAUGAUGGAGCACGAGGAGGAGAAGGUGCCUUGUGUCUACAGAAUCGUUUGUGCUGGCCCAGAAGAGAAGGUUGUUGGCUUGCACAUUGUGGGAGACUCAUCCGGUGAGAUGUUGCAAGGUUUCGGUGUUGCCGUCAAGAUGGGCGCCACCAAGGCUGAUUUCGAUAACUGUGUGGCCAUCCACCCUACCUCUGCCGAGGAGUUGGUGACCAUGCGCUAG